UGCCCACACACUGCAGGGUGGACAUUUCUCAGGCCCCCACUUGCUGCCAAUACAUGGAGCAGAGGGAAAUCUGCUCUAUGACUUUGCACACUGGAUAACGGUUCGUAACUGGGUCUCAGGACAUCAAAAUGAAGGUCCUUAUCUUGAUUGCUGCUAGGUUGCUAUUUCUGCCGGCCACUUUUUGCCAGAGUGGCAUGAAAAAUGUUUCAGAGAACUCUGCAAAACCAACUUUAACUGUUAAGACCUUUAAUGGAGCUCCUCCAAAUACCUUUGAAGACUUCCCGCUUUCUGACAUAGAGGGCUGGACAGGAGCCACCACAACUGUAAGAAUGAAAUGUCCUGAAGGAAGUAUUUCAACUCUCCAUGUGAAUAACGCUACCAUAGGGUACCUGAGAAGUUCUUUAAGUACCAAACUGAUACCUGCCAUCUACAUCCUGGUGUUUGUGGUUGGUGUCCCAGCAAACAUUGUGACCCUGUGGAAACUCUCCUCAAGGACCAAAUCCAUCUGUCUGGUCAUCUUUCACACCAACCUGGCCGUUGCAGACCUCCUAUUCUGUGUCACACUGCCUUUUAAGAUUGUCUACCAUCUCAAUGGGAACAACUGGGUAUUUGGAGAGGUCAUGUGCCGCAUCACCACAGUCAUUUUCUAUGGCAACAUGUACUGUUCCAUUCUUAUCCUUACUUGCAUGGGCAUCAACCGCUACCUGGCCACUGUCCAUCCUUUCACAUACCGGAAGCUGCCCAAACGCAACUUCACUUUGCUUAUGUGUGGCCUGGUGUGGGUAAUGGUUUUCUUAUAUAUGUUGCCAUUUGCCAUCCUGAAGCAGGAGUAUCAUCUCGUCCAGCCAGAGAUCACUACCUGCCAUGACGUCCACAACACAUGCGAGUCUCCAUCUCCCUUCCAAUUCUACUACUUCAUCUCCUUAGCAUUCUUUGGAUUCCUCAUUCCUUUUGUGGUCAUUGUCUACUGUUAUACAACUCUCAUCCGCAAACUUAAUGCACAGGAUCGUAAAUGGCUGAGGUAUAUCAAGGCAGUUCUCCUCAUCCUUGUGAUUUUUACAAUUUGCUUUGCUCCUACCAACAUUAUACUCAUAAUUCACCAUGCAAACUACUACUACAACAACACCGAUAGCUUGUACUUUAUGUAUCUCAUAGCUUUGUGCCUGGGUAGCCUGAAUAGUUGCCUAGAUCCAUUCCUUUAUUUUGUCAUGUCAAAAAUUGUAGAUCAGCUUACUUCUUAACCACCAAUGGCAAGAUCAUCUUAGAGCAUGAGAGGUGUUAGAGAAAAUGUAUGUAUUUGGGCUGACUUACGCAUGGCACCAACAGCUCAAUUUUUUAUUUUUGUUUUGUUUUGUUUUGAGACAGGGUCUCACUGUAUACUCCCGGCUAGCCCAGAACUCUCUAGACCAGGCUAGCCUUGAACUCACAGAGUUCUGCCUGCCUCUGCUCUUGAGUGUUGGGAUUAAAGGUAUGCGUCACCAGG